GCUGCCAUCUUGGAUUCACAUUUGACAGCUUGGUUGUCAGAGAGCCAACAGUGAAGAUUGUACUUCAUCAAAUAUUAUUAUAAUUAUUUAAAUAGUUAAGAAUGGGAUCGAAAAAGUGUUGUCAUGGGUGUCUUUCUGUUGGACGACGGUUAGAUAUAAUUGAGGAGCACACAAAACUAUACAAUCGACUGCUGUUGAAGAAAUCAGACCAUACAUCCAAGAAGCUGAUGAUGUGUUGGGAAUGCCACCAGAUCUUGAAAAACAUCCAAACAUUCCGUAUGAAGAUAACACAAGCACAGAAACUUCUAAGCAAUAAAUCUUUGCCACAACACUCACUGUCAAACCUAACUUCAUCAAAGAAAAUUAAUGAUUACCACGUAAUAAUAUAUGAAGACGAAAAAGAUAAUAUUCCUCCAGCAACUGAAAUAGAAGUGCCUGCUGUAAAGCAGGAGCUUAGUGAAGAUUUAUUUAAUGAUCUUAAAAUAAAAAAUAAUGAUAUAUAUGAUAUAAAAUUGGAUGCAAUCAAAGAGGAAUUUAAAAAUGAAACUGAUGGCUUUGAAAGUGCUGAUAAUCAUGAUAUAACAGAAUUAGAUGAAGUAUUACUUCCUAUUGAUUUGCUGGAGAAAAAUCCAAAGAAAGGGGUGAAACAUGUAAGGAAGAAACGGGCAGAGUUGAAGCAGAAAUAUAGAACCAUUAUUUUGGAUGAUAUUCCGGAUAAGCGGAAUUAUUAUGAUAGAGUCAAGAUAGACCGGGAGACUGUGUUGCAUUGGCUUGAGAAGCGAAAGAAACGCACAAGUACCAAGAAAUUCCAAUGUCAACAAUGUUACGCUGGAUUCUCACAGCAGAAAUUCUACGACCGUCACCUUUCCCUGUUACACGCUCAGAAAAACAAAUUGGAAUGCGACAUAUGCGCCUGCCGUUUUAAAGACCGCCGCAGCCUGAAGCGUCACAUCAACGAGCACUUCGUGCAGUAUUCGUGCAAGAUGUGCGGCCUGCAGUUCCGGUCACGGAGCCAGCUGUACGUGCACUUCGCGCACGGCCCGCACGGCAGGCAGAUGGAGUGCAAGAAGUGCGGGGCGAGGUUCGAUUGCAAUAAACCCCGAGAUUUCUUUUCGCAUUACCGCGCCAUGCACGGGCACCCGCAGUGCGACCACUGCGGCAUGCGCUGCACCACCAAGAGCAGGCUCGCUCACCACAUACUUAUCCGCCACUCGGAGUUCCGCUGCAAGCCCUGCGACAUGGGCUUCAGCUCGUUCCACGCGCUGACCGUCCACAACAGACGCAAACACGUCGUCGACACCAGCGAACGGAACUACUGCGUCGAGUGCGACCUGCAGUUCACGAACAGUUUGUUAUACAACGAACAUGUGAAACGGAGCUCGAAACACCGCACUAAACCCAGAGUGCCGUGCCCUUCGUGCGACAAGACGUACAGCAAGCGUUGCUACAUGAUGAACCACUAUAACCUGGAACACCUCAAAGAGAGCAAGUUCGUCUGCCCGGUCUGCGACAGGAGAUUCUUGAACGGGUUCCGAUUGCGGUACCACGUGAAGUACUUUCACGAGAAGGCCCCCAAGCCCAAGAACCACAUGUGCACCUACUGCGGCAGGGGAUUCAACACCCGUCGUAUUCUGGACAACCACAUCCGCACACACACGGGCGAGCGUCCGUUCGCGUGCGCGCGCUGCCCCGCCGCCUUCGCGCAGGCCACCGCGCUCAACACGCACGUGCGCUCUGCGCACAAGUGAACACGACAGAAAAUAUUUAUUUGGCAUUAAGGCCGCCAUUUGUAAUACAUUGUUAUAUACAGGGCCCGUACUUUUCAGAAAAAUGACGUCACGCUACAUAGAGUAUGAUUCCAAUUAAUAUUUUCGUAAGAAUUAAUCAUUUAUCGACCUCUUUAGGUAAGUUAUACAUAUACUUGACAAUCAGUACAGAAACGUCUGACUUUCAUUUUAUUGUCACUCAAAUAAAUAAUAGAUUAUUAAUUUAUUAAAUAAUACAUAUUUUUGAUUUUUAACAGCGUAACAAGCUUUUAUUCUCGUAACAAGUAUUUAUUUUGAUACCCGUCAAUAAGUAAGUUAUCUAAAUUUGUAGUAUUGUAAAAUAACUCCCUGUAUGUUAAAUUACGUCAUUUUUGCGUCAACGGCAUGAAAAGUACGGGCCCUGGUUAUAUACAUAUUGAAAUAAAGUUUAAUUAAUAAAUAAUUAUUUAAUACAAAA